CGCUGCCAUGGCGGUCCCGGUGCAGCGGUUGAGCCACAUCGCUUUUCAUGUCGGUGACAGUGAGCGCCUGGCCCGCGAUCUUAUCUGGCGCUACCGUUUCCACCUGUGCGGCAGGCGGGCGACGGAGCGGGCCAGGCAGCUGGUCCUGCGGAGAGGCUGUGCCGUGUUCAUGGUGAACGAGAGCCCGGGAGGCCAGUACCUGGAGCCGGGACCCCGGGGUCUCCUGUACGAUGUCGUUCCCGCCCAUGCGGUGGACAGCGCCUGUAACGUGUCCUUCGAGGUGAAGGACGUGGAGCGGGCGACGCUGCUGCUGGACCGCCUGGGCUGUCAGGUCCUUGUGCCCCCGAGGCCGGUGGAGGACGAGCUGGGCGCGGUCACCUACUCGGUGGUGCGGUCACUGGUCGGCAACGUGUCUCACACUCUGAUCGACCGAAGCGGUUACCGUGGGGACUUCCUGCCCGGCUUCGGGCCUCCGCCUUCCCCCGGGGGCCGGGCUGAGCAAGGGGCAGCCGGGGGGCCGGUGGCCAUCACUCAUUUCGAUCACAUCACCUACGCGUGCCCCCGGCAGCAGAGCGCCCACAUCAUGGACUGGUACCGCCGCUGCUUCGGCUUCCAGCGUUUCCUCAUCCACCGAAGUGACGAUCUAGAUGAUGGUUAUGUUAUUGAAGGAAAUAACCAGGGACUGCGCUUGACUGCUAUGGAGUACUGGAAAUGCAGUGAGGUUGGCAUGUCCAUGCCUACAAUUGAAGAAAAGGAAUUAAACUGCAAAUUUGUGAUAGCUGAGUCCUUAGCCAAUCAAGGUAAAAAUCAAAUUGACACAUUUUUGGAGCAGCACCAUGGAGCUGGGAUACAGCAUGUGGCAUUGUACACAACUGACAUAGUUUCAACUUGCAAGUCCCUUAAAGAUGCUGGCGUUCACUUUUACUCACCCCCUUCUGGGUAUUACACUGAGACAGUGAAAUGCCAGGAAAUCAUGAAAGCAGGACAAGACCCAGAGCUGCUUUCACAUUAUGGCAUUCUUCUGGAUUCUGAGGUAGAUGAUGAGCAUUGUAAAGGUGAAGCUAAAAGUCAGGGACCAACUAACAAUAAGAAAAGAUAUCUAAUGCAAAUGUUCACAAAGCCAAUCUUUUCUGAAGACACACUUUUCCUUGAGCUCAUUGAGCGAAAGGGUGCCUCAGGAUUUGGAGGAGGAAACAUCCGUGCACUAUGGAAAUCUGUUCAGACUUGCAUGGACCAGCAGGAGAACAAGAAAAUCGGCAAAGAAAUAUCAGCUAGGAAUGGGUUUGCUAAUGAUGCGAACAGCUGAAGACUGCUGCAUAGCACCUGGCUCAAUGACUCCCCAGCUAUCUUCUGGUAGUGGGUUUCUUCUAGCUGCCUUGCACAGAAAAAUAACUGCCCUGUAUAAAGGCACCGUUCGUAGGUAUUAACAACUGAUUUAACCAGACUAGAAAGAUUGAAGCCUAUAAUCCAUUUAUCCAUAUCGUGAAAUUUUCCAGGGCCACAUGAAUAUGUUUAGAUGGAUUUAAAGUGUUUUUUCCUGAACUUGGCUGAAUGCAGGAGUUCCCUAACUGUUGUCCCCCUUCCACACUGCUUCAACCAGUGAGGCUGGCAGAGUGGGCCAGACAGCUCUGGUUUUCAAAAUGUGAAUCAUUUGCACUAGCUUUUAAGCUUGGAUCCAGUUAACUUUUUAAUUGUAUGAUUCAGUUAGUUGCAUUUGUCUGGCUUCUGCCAAAAAGUCCUAUACUCAUUUAUGUGUUUUCCAGGUGAUCUAUCUUUUUUCCCCCUAACUCGUUGGAAUUAGAUACACUGGCCUGGAUUUGAGGUAAUAAUCACAGUCAAUGUUCACAGUCGUGAUUCCACUGAAACUGGCAGCAACUUCUUGAGUUUGCACAUACGCCGAAUAACAUGGAAAUUCAGAAGUUUCUGUCAGUGAUUCUACCCUUCCCCUAACAGGUGCUCUGUUGAAGUUCCCCCCAGACUACAGUCAAUGGGAAAUCAAUGAAUUGAUAAGAACUUUUACUCUGAGGCGUUUAGUCUUGCUGUAAAAACUUGUGAAAAAUUGCUUCUUAUUUAUUGAGGUGUAACUGGGUUUUAAUGGUGUACUAACUUCAUAAUUACAGCUAAAUAUCUUCAAUGGCCCUGAAAAACUUAAAUUUUAU